ACAAAAAUAAAUAAUUUAAGUUAUGAAUAAAGCCUCACGUCUUUUCUGGCCAGUUCUAGUGACGCCGAAAAAUGCAGUUGUUAAACAAACAGAGCAGCUAUCACGCAGUCAAAAAUUGUUAACUGAACUUGGCCUAAUUAAAUCUGGUAGCAAUGGUACCUAUCAGCUGCUGCCCAUAGCGCAACGCGCUUUGGACAAAUGCAUUAACUUGGUGCAGCAGAAUAUGCAAAUUGCCGGUGGGCAGAAGAUCAGUUUACCUGUGCUAACACCCACACAGCUAUGGAAAAAGACCGGACGGCUGGAGGGUGAUAUCUCAGAGUUCUAUAUGGUGCGAGAUCGCAGUGGCAAACAGUUUCUAAUGAGUCCAACGCAUGAGGAGGCGGUUACUGCAAUGCUGGCUAGCACAGCGCCUAUUUCCUAUCGUCAGCUACCUUUGAGACUUUAUCAGAUUGGUCCCAAGUUUCGGGAUGAGCUGAAAUCACGUUUUGGACUUAUGCGCGCCAAGGAGUUUCUAAUGAAGGACAUGUAUACAUUCGACGUAAGCGAGAGCACAGCCAAGGAGAGCUAUGCGGCAGUUAGUGCAGCCUAUGAGCGCUUCUUUGCACAGCUGGAGGUGCCCUAUGUCAAAGUACAAGCGGCCACAGGCAUAAUGGGCGGUAGCUUAUCACAUGAAUACCAUUAUGUAUCUGCUGUGGGCGAGGAUACGUUGCUGCAGUGCAGUCAAUGCGGCUAUGCGGGCAAUUUAGAGGUGCUAGACACAGAAACUCAGACUUGUCCUAGCUGUCAGAGCACGAGUCUAAGUCAAGUGCGUGGCGUAGAAGUGGCACACACCUUUCUGUUGGGCGAUAAGUAUUCCAAGCCAUUGGGCGCCACCUAUCUUAACAACGCUGGCAAGCCAGACGCCUUAACAAUGGGCUGCUUUGGCAUUGGACUUACGCGAGUCAUAGCCGCAGCGUUGGAAGUGCAAUCCACGGAGCAGCAGCUACGUUGGCCUAAGCUCUUAGCGCCCUAUGAUGUUUGUUUGAUAGGCGCCAAGCAGGGCAGCAAGGAACAGCUUAAAACAGAGCAACUGGAAUUGCAGUUGUUGGAACAGCUGUCAGCAAUAUGUGGCGCACAGGAGCUGCUGCAUGAUGAGCGCAAGGAGCUGACCAUAGGCAAACGUUUAAUGGAUGCCAAGCGACUGGGACAUCCUUUGAUAAUUGUGGUAGGCGCCAAGGCGCCCAAGCUAGAGCUGCACAUGUGUGGUGAGGAACCUCAAGAGCUGGAGCUGCCAGAGGUGCUACGCAUGGUGCAGGCGCAUGUGGAACACAAGCAGCAGUUGCUGCAAGGCACAAUUAAAACGAAAGAGCAAGAUUUACAACAAAGACUUGGUCAUGUGCAUUAGCUUUAUGCAAUAAAGUUAACAAUAA